AUGACCGAGGGACCCAUUCAUUGCAGCGCCCUGCCCAAGGUUGGAUGGGAAAAGUCACCGGCCGGGCUAGAGGCAGAAUUGCAGAAGGAGCUCCAGAAAUCACAGCGGAUGGAGACCUGUAGCUGCCUCCCAGGGGCCCAGCUGGCACAGCUGGCAGUGAAGGUCUUGGCCGCAGGUGGCGAAGGCACUGGGCCGUGUGACAAGGGACCGCAAACAUGCGAAGGCAGCAUUCCUCAGAAGAUCGUAUUGCGCAAGGACGCCUCCACACGUUUGGGCCUGGUUUGUUGCGACAUGGCCCUACUGGGCCGGCGAUGUCUGGUGGUUCUGGCGGUGGAGGGAGUUGCAGAACUCUGGAAUGACACUUGCUCUGAAGCCCACGAACCCUGGAGACGACUCCAUGUUGGCUGCACCAUUCUGGCGGUGAAUGGCGUCUCGGGCAACACCAAGCGCAUGCAAAUUGAAUUGGAGACGGCUGGGGAGGUGGAGCUGCUCCUCUGCAAUCCACCCAGCAUCAGUUCCUUCCGCUCCGUCAUGAACGCCUGCGAUGGCUAUUUUUCAGAGGUGGCCAGUUGGGCCUUCUGGCCAACCACUCCGCCGGUGCAGGACCUUGGGCCCUCCAGGCCCUCCAUCACGGUGAUCAUCACCACGAGCCCGGUGCCGUCCAAUCCCAGCACGGAUCUGCUGGAACGCGUGCUGCAGAGUCUGUAUCUGAUACCGUUGACCGCUCCGAAGAUCAUUGUUUGUGAUGGAUACAAGUUGGCUGGAGGCAGAUCGAAUCCGAAAGCGGGCAAGAUCAGUGCAUUGGAAGCCGAAAGAUAUGAGGAAUAUAUCAAGCAGCUUCAGCGCUGUUGCACAAGAGACAUGGAGUCGGAGAGUUCUGCAUACUUUCGCACGCGGCUGUUGGUGCUGCCUGAUCGGCAUGGCUUUGGUUUUGCAGUGAAGAGUGCUUUGGAGGAAGUGGACACUGAAUAUGUACUCGUAGUUCAACACGAUCAGGAAUUCAUCGCACCCUUUGAUUUGCCCAUGGUGCUUUGCACGAUGACACAACACCGGGAAGUGAAGUACGUUGGCUUAAGCAGCGUUUCCACCCUGAAGUAUGAUGACAUGGUACGGUCCAAAUUUGGCAUUUCAAUCUCUCGAAACACGGAGUUUGGAAUACCAUUGCUGCCAUUGAUUUUCUUCUAUGAUAAGCCGCACAUUUGCCGUGCUGACUAUUAUCGAGAGAUUUUGGGAGCAGGCUCCCUGGUGCGCAAGGGAGAUUUCAUCGAAGAAACUCUGGGGAUUGCACAGCGCGACGACAUUCUGAAAAAUGGAAUGGAGGCGCACGAGAAGUAUGGCACGUUUCAGUUGGACGAUCGGGAUGAGCAAGGCCGACAGUAUGCAGUGGUGCGCCAUGUGAACGGCCGCGCCUUCCUGAGUCCCCAGCAGCGCCUCUUGCGUGGCUGGGGCGCCACGCUGUGCUUCACGGCGUAA